CGAUAAAAUAUAUACAACGAUAUGACUGCCUCGCAAGAAAAAGGCUGUGAAUCUUUUGUAAAUGAUGCUGAAAUGCUAGAUAUUAAUACAAAGAAAGGCUCUGUCGAUAAAAAUACAUGCUUCAAAGAGACUGCUGCACAAAGAGAAAACUGUGACUCUCUUAAAAAUGAUGAUGCUCAAAUAUCAUUAGCUGAUGAUACAAGAAUAGCAUUUAUCGAUGAAAAUAUAUACAACGGUAUGACUGCCUCGCAAGAAAAAGGCUGUGAAUCUUUUGUAAAUGAUGCUGAAAUGCUAGAUAUUAAUACAAAGAAAGGCUCUGUCGAUAAAAAUACAUGCUUUGAAGAGACUGCUACACAAAGAGAAAACUGUGAAUCUCUUAAAAAUGAUGAUGCUCAAAUAUCAUUAGCUGAUGAUACAAGAAUAGCAUUUAUCGAUGAAAAUAUAUACAACGGUAUGACUGCCUCGCAAGAAAAAGGCUGUGAAUCUUUUGUAAAUGAUGCUGAAAUGCUAGAUAUUAAUACAAAGAAAGGCUCUGUCGAUAAAAAUACAUGCUUUGAAGAGACUGCUACACAAAGAGAAAACUGUGAAUCUCUUAAAAAUGAUGAUGCUCAAAUAUCAUUAGCUGAUGAUACAAGAAUAGCAUUUAUCGAUGAAAAUAUAUACAACGGUAUGACUGCCUCGCAAGAAAAAGGCUGUGAAUCUUUUGUAAAUGAUGCUGAAAUGCUAGAUAUUAAUACAAAGAAAGGCUCUGUCGAUAAAAAUACAUGCUUCGAAGAGACUGCUACACAAAGAGAAAACUGUGAAUCUCUUAAAAAUGAUGAUGCUCAAAUAUCAUUAGAUAAUGAUAUAAGAAUAGGAUCUAUCGAUAAAAAUAUAUACAACGAUAAGACUACCUCGCAAGAAAAAGGCUGUGAAUCUUUUGUAAAUGAUGCUGAAAUGUUAGAUAUUAAUACAAAGAAAGACUCUGUCGAUAAAAAUACAUGCAUCAAAGAGACUGCUGCACAAAGAGAAAACUGUGACUCUCUUAAAAAUGAUGAUGCUCAAAUAUCAUUAGCUGAUGAUACAAGAAUAGCAUUUAUCGAUGAAAAUAUAUACAACGGUAUGACUGCCUCGCAAGAAAAAGGCUGUGAAUCUUUUGUAAAUGAUGCUGAAAUGCUAGAUAUUAAUACAUUGAUAAAUGCUAUCGAUAAAAAUGAAAAUAUUGGUGAGAUGCAUAUCAAAGGCUGUAAUUUCCUGGAAAAUUCUGGAAUUUUAAUGACUAUAGCAUCUCCUUAUGGCAAAACCAAAAGGCAGCGUUGGACAGAAAAAGAAAAAGAAACAGUACUUCAAGCAUUUUCCACACAUAUGAAAAACUUAACGCUACCGUCUUUACGAGAAAUUCAAGAAACUAAAAAGAAGUAUAGUUGUUUAUUUAAUCGGACAUCACCGCAAAUAAAAACAUGGAUCCAUAAUAAACAGAAAGCUCUACGACAAUAUGAAUAAUGUCAUUCUGGUAAUUGCAACUGCUUUGAAUUCUUGUUUAUUUCAUUAGAUAAUAUUUUAAAAAAUGUUUUCUUAUCAUUUAAUUAAUACUUCAAACAUAAUACUUCAAAUUUAUUUUAUAUUCUUUCAAGAUGUCAGUUUUCGACAAAAUUUACACCGAUAAUGAAAGUUAUUGAAAGUUGCAAACAAUAUAAUUGUAGCUUUUAAUUUUU